GAUCAGUCAGGACAACAGCUGCGUCAAGUCCAGCAACGAGUUCCGAAGAUGAAAUCCUCUCGUGCUUUUGCGGGUUUUCUGAUCUGGGCCACUCUGUUGGGCCAUGCUUUCGGUAAUCUCUCCAUCUUUGCACUCAGUAGAUAAUUUUCGCUCACCACUGUCUUUCAUCAUCAGGAUUACUUAUUGCCCAUAACCCAUAACACGUUAUGCUGCUCUUAAGAUCGUAUUCAGACGAUAGAGACAACACAAUCUGAAUGAUGUCAAGCACUCCUCCGCUGAAAGAUCUAAGAGGGCUGUGGUAUCAACAUCAUCAAUCGCUGCUCUUAUAGUGUGACGACAUGUGCCCAAGCGAACCGUGCUCCCGGACAAACCAAGACUCGAAUGCAGCAGUUCAACUUAGGUGCCGGACAGAGCCAAUUCAUGGACUUCGGCAGCAGCUGCAACUGGAACAAUGGUGCGAUUUGGCCUUCACCCAGGGGAAAAUGCGAGAGCUCCAUCGUUCCCAACGAGGCCAACGAUUUUGAUGUUACAGAUUAUGCCGAGUUCAACCUGAACCAGGGCGGCUUGGAUUAUUAUGACGUCAGCAACGUGGUGGCGUUUACUCUAUCCAUGAGAAUCAGACCAACAAAUCCAGCUAAUACACCGAAUGGACGUUCAUGCGGAUCUCCUCAAUGCAUUAUCAAUAACAUUCCAUCAUUCUGCACAGGAAACAACAAGUUGAUCACAUGGCCUACAGGCGCAUACACUUGUCAAAACACCGAUGGACUUGCUGAGCGAGGACCGACUGACGGAACGCGUGUGUUCAAGAAUGCUUGUCCAAAUGCAUACAGCUACAAUUAUGACGAUGCCACCUCUGUGUAUGCCUGUCCGACAGGAACUAAUUACGAAGUGAUAUGGUGUCCGUAAGAGAAGUUACGAACAUGAAACUGCAAUAACACUGAAAGUUGCUCUGAUGAAGAGAAACUUUCAUAUGCAGUCGAUUGAAAAGACUGUGAACACCAUAGCUGCAGUACGGUUCAAGACAACUACCUCCUGCAACAAGAUGGUUUUCGAUUUAGGGGAGGAGAAAUAAAACUCAUUCGUCACAGUUUAGUUUUGAUAUUGAGAAUGGUUACACUAUUUGACCUAUUGCAGAACGUUGUGGUGAUGACCCAUUUUUCAUCUGAUGUCUCUGAGUUAUCACUGAGAUCUUCCCAUCUUCACAUAAAUGCAUUCAAAUUGUAGUCAGUAACGUCACUCAGUGUACGAGUAAUGCAGUAUCUGUGUUCGGAAGUUCUUAGAAGAAGCUGUUUACACAGUUUUUCCCAAGGUCUGUUCAUUGUAAAAUCUGAUAAAAUAUUUUGUGUAAGGUAUUAGAUGCGCUACACGAGCUACCGCGUCAAAUCCACUAAACAUUAUCAGAAAUGUUGUAGAAAAAAAAAGUCUUGAAGAAUGCAACUUACGUAUAUUGAAUAAUGAUAUACAUCCGGCCAACAGAUCUUGCCUUUUAGAUUCAGAUAAUGAUCUGGCCAUACAGCA